AUGUGAGGCUAUUGUCAACACUCGAUUACUCGAUAAUUUGUAUUAAAAAGCGCUAUAUUCAAAAGCCUACUGACUGAGCAUGCGUGCUGCUGGUCCUACAACCGGCAUUUUAGCCACCCACUUUGGCGCCCCGUCCAAUCUUCGGAUCAAUUGUAUGUGUGUGAGUGCUUCUGGCCCGGCCAACAUGCAGUCAGCCAGCGAAGCAAAACCAAACGUUUUCGCGCGCGCAAACAAGUCGCAUGCGUUUUCCUCCGUUCCGUCGGACAGUUCAAGUUCAAAAACGGAAUAUUUCGAUGUACUGUGUGAUGUUUCGGCGUUGACGCCAAUAUCCGGCAAUAGCUUUUCAAGUGUUUUUGCUUGCUAAAAAGAAUUCAAUAAAUUCAUUCAAAUUCUUCCCGCCAGUGUUCUGUGUGUUUUUCGGCGAUAUAAACAAAAUUAGGCAAGCAAGUGUCUUGUGCUGUCUUGUGUGGGGCAUUGGGGAGCGUGGCAUGACCUCCUCUCGUUAAGCGGUGGUGUAUCCUGUUUAAGUGCCAUCACUUCCCAUUCCAAAACAUCAAUUUGGGGGCCAAAAUGAAGUGGCCGCGUGUGGGGGCUGGAAUCGCAUAAAAACACGGAAACACGGAAAACACUUUAACGCAAAUCCAGAUAAAAUUGAAUGCAAAAAUGCAGCAGCCAACGAGCCGUGAAGGAAAUAAAUGAAUCAUGUUGGCUUAAACAGUUUCCAUUUAGUUGGGCAAGAAAUAACAUUAAAGGAAACCAAAUCGAGUCAAGUCAGCAGCAGAAGCAGGAGAACCACUAUAUCCCCCCAGUAACCACUCAAGUCCCUCGAUGAUAGCCAAGUUGGUCAGCAUGGAAACGGACUUCGACAUGGGACGGGACACUUCUGAGGAUUCACCACAGCUGCCCUACCCGUACAACAUUACGCAGGCUCUCUGGGAUCUGGCUGCAACGUCCACCCAGUGGCCCCUCCUGGACUUGGGUACCGAAAAUUCCAGCGAACUGGCGGUGACAGAGACACCCUACGUGCCAUACGGUCGUCGCCCGGAAACCUACAUUGUUCCCAUCCUGUUCGCCUUGAUCUUCGUGGUUGGUGUCCUGGGCAAUGGCACUCUGAUUGUGGUCUUCCUCAGUGUGCGCCAGAUGCGGAAUGUUCCAAACACCUAUAUUUUAUCACUGGCUCUGGCGGAUCUUCUGGUUAUUGUAACCACAGUGCCACUGGCAUCUACCAUCUACACCGUGGAGUCCUGGCCCUGGGGCGCCUUCCUAUGCAGUUUGUCGGAAUUUAUGAAGGAUGUAUCCAUUGGUGUAUCGGUAUUUACGCUGACUGCUUUGUCGGGAGAUCGAUAUUUUGCCAUUGUGGAUCCCCUAAGAAAAUUUCAUACACAUGGAGGUGGGCGUCGAGCUACAAGAAUGACUUUGGCCAUAGCCGUUUCCAUUUGGUUGUUGGCCAUACUCUGCGGUAUGCCAGCACUUUUGGGCAGUUAUAUUAAACGCCUUAUCAUCAACGAAAAGUCUUUCAUCUACUGCUAUCCUUAUCCGGAAGGUUGGGGUGAAAACUAUGCCAAAACCAUGGUACUGCUCCACUUCCUCGUUUAUUAUGCCAUUCCUCUGGUGAUUAUCGCAGUGUUCUACAUCCUCAUUGCCCUUCACUUGAUGUAUUCGGCCAGUGUUCCGGGCGAAAUCCAGGGAGCUGUUCGCCAGGUUCGAGCCCGUCGAAAGGUGGCCGUCACAGUUUUGGCCUUUGUUGUAAUCUUUGGCAUUUGCUUUCUACCCUAUCACGUAUUUUUUCUAUGGUUUUACUUCUGGCCCACCGCCCAGGAGGAUUACAAUGCCUUUUGGCAUGUGCUGCGCAUCGUUGGCUACUGCAUGUCCUUCGCCAACAGCUGCGCCAAUCCAGUGGCCCUCUACUUUGUGAGCGGCGCCUUUCGCAAGCAUUUCAAUAGAUACCUGUUCUGCCGCGGAGCUAGUGGCCGCCGGAAGAAGCGCAGCCAGCACGACACCUUCUGUAUGCACCGGGACACCUCGCUGACCAGUACCGCCUCCAAGCGCUACCAGUCCCGCCAUUCCUGCUACCAGAGCACCAUCCGCAGCUGUCGCCUGCAGGAGACAACGAUAACCACUCUGCCAAAUGGCAGCAAUCUGAACGGAGCACCCAUUUCCACCACAGAACUGGCGCUGCCCGUCAUGGUCCAGGCCACCGGUCACAAUGAGGCGCCGCCGAGCUAUGAGUUCUCCUCUCUGAAAGAAUUUGGUCAGCAGUCGCGAGCACACCCACAAAAAUUCCAGGAAUCCCUAUUGAAUUGAAGUCCUAGAAGCAAAAGGUUUUAAACGGAGCUUACAGGAUGUCUACAUACAGGAAGCGAAAAAUAUAUAGCACACCUAUUUGGAUUCUUUGAUUUGUUAGAAUUGGUAGCUGAAAGUAGAUAAUAGAUAAAAUAGCCAAAAUAUAAAUAUGUCUCUCCUAAUUUAAUUUGUAAACUUUGUUUAGAAACUCCACUUUCCCUCGAAGCUACCUUUAUUGAAAUCAUACAUUUCAAAGUCAGAGAAAAGCCCAUACAACAAACAGAAGCUAGAAAAUGUCCUUUGCAAAACUUUUGCCUCAAAGUUUAAGUAACUUGUCUAGAAUGUAAAUACCCAAAACAAAAAACAUAAAACAGAAAUAUGUAUUUCGAUGUGUUUUCUAUGUGUGUCAAGUAAUGUCCUAAAGGUUAAGCAUAAAUGUGUCUGUUCCAAACUAAAGUAUUGCAGCCGUGACACGGCUUUAAGCUAAAUACAUUUUACAAAUAAAUAUUAAAAAGGAUAAGAAAGGAAAUAUAAAACAAUUUUACGUGCUCUGUGUUUUGUGCACAGAAAGGGACUCCAUUUUAUAGCUAAUCACGAUAACUUUGUAAAUACAUUUUUAUGUGCCAGAAUAUAGUUGAAAAUAAAUGUAAAUUGUGCGUUAAAAA